AUGAAUGAGCCACUGGACAGUCCAGUCAAUGAUUCUGAUUUCCUAGAUUACGCAGCAGCGUUGGGAAACUGCACCGACGAGCAGCAAAUCUCAUUCAAGAUGCAGUACCUUCCCGCCAUUUACAGCAUCAUCUUCCUCGUGGGCUUCCCCGGGAACACAGUGGCGAUUUCCAUCUACAUUUUCAAGAUGCGGCCCUGGAAGAGCAGUACCGUGAUCAUGCUGAACCUGGCCUUGACAGACCUGCUCUACCUGACCAGCCUCCCUUUCCUCAUCCAUUAUUACGCGAGUGGUGAAAACUGGAUCUUUGGCGAGUUCAUGUGUAAGUUCAUUCGGUUCGGCUUCCAUUUCAACCUCUACAGCAGCAUCCUCUUCCUCACCUGCUUCAGCGUCUUCCGCUACGUCGUGAUCAUUCACCCCAUGAGCUGUUUUUCGCUUCAGAAAACGCGGUGGGCGGUGGUAGCCUGUGCAGGGGUGUGGGUCAUCUCUUUGUUAGCUGUCAUGCCCAUGACCUUCCUGAUCACAUCAAGCCCCAGGACCAAUCGGUCGGCUUGCCUUGACCUCACCAGUUCCGAUGACCUCACAACUAUCAAAUGGUACAAUCUGGUUCUGACCGCCACCACUUUCUGCCUGCCCUUGGUGAUAGUGACCCUUUGCUACACAACAAUUAUCAGCACCCUGACUCACGGGCCUCAGACGCACAGCUGCUUUAAGCAGAAGGCUCGAAGGCUGACCAUUCUGCUACUUCUAGUGUUCUAUAUAUGUUUUUUACCCUUCCACAUCUUGAGGGUCAUUCGGAUUGAAUCCCGCCUGCUUUCAAUCAGCUGCAACGUCGAGAGUCACAUCCACGAAGCUUACAUUGUUUCUCGACCUUUAGCGGCUCUCAACACCUUUGGAAACCUGCUGUUGUAUGUCGUGGUCAGCAACAACUUUCAGCAGGCAUUCUGCUCCUUGGUGAGUUGCAAAGCCAGCAGGGAGCUUGAACGAGCAAAGAAAGACAGUUGCUUUAACAACCCUUGA